AUAAAGCAGGACAAACGACAUCAAACGACAACGCAUUUGGUCGUGUGGACACAAAGGCGGCAAACCACAAACGAAAAUGCGAAUUCGCAUUACACUCGUACUACUGGCCCUGAUAGUGCAUCAGUGCUGGACCCAUCCAUCCUUUGGGGAGACAGAUGCAUCAUCAGACAAAGCAAAGCUACAGCAAAAUCAAAAUCAAAAGCAACAACAGCAGUCACAGCCACAAAAGGACAGUCCCGACCGGGAUGGCGAAUCAUCAAAGAGGAUUAUCGGUUCUAGUGUUGUGACAUCAGUCUCCGUCAUUCUAAAUGGAAAUGAGCCCGAAUUUACUGAUGCUUUGGGUGUUAAAGUACCUAAACCACAAGUUCCCCAUCUCCAAGUUGCAAGUCCCAUCAAUUUGUUAAAUCCGGAUCGAUAUGAAUUUUAUACAUUCGAUGAUAAUGGUGAAUUGGUGAAACGUCUGAUGACAAUGCAAGAAAUCCAAAGUAUCGUUGCAAACGGAGAUGGUGAAGGUCCAACUAUUAUUCAUUCAGCACCAAUUAACGAACGUGAUCCGGAAAAGAAUGUUCAGGAUAUCGUAAAGAGUGUUCAAAAUGUCCUUAAUCGAGAGGUGGAAUCAAAUAAAAACACAUCUGAUAUUCAACCGAUUUUGGAUACUCCUGAUGUUUCAUCUUCGUGGUCAAUGAUUUUGCCUGCUAUCUUCGGCAACACCGGUGGUGAUAUAUUCCCUCAGAAUAAACCACAACAAGUUGUGAUGACUCCAGAUUCGGAUGUUCUAGAAGCAACAACAAAGUCGAAUAAGACAAAACCAACUGGAAAACCCAAGCCUCAAAAGAAAAAGAAUGGAAACAGGCGGAAAACAACAACCAAGCGAAUUUCAACUACCACAAUGGUACCAGAUCUUGAAGCUGAGGGAGCCGAAAUUAUUGAUUCAACCACAAGAAAAGUAUUCAUAAAUAACCAAGAAGUCUUCCAAUCAACUGAAAUGAGUGAUUUGCAGCAAGGUGAAGAUCUGGGGAAAAGACGCCCAGUUGCUCACGCUAGACCAGCAUCGACUAAAAGGCCCCAUGGAAGCAAGUUGAAGAAUAGAACAAAACGACCAUCUACAACAAGUACUACCAAGGAACCAACUACAUCAACUGAAUCAAUUACACCAGCCGCAGAACCUACUAAACCGAAACCAACAGAAGCACCUUCUUCGACUGUACCAGCACUAACUACAUUGGCACCCACAACGAUUUCCGAAGCUCCGUCAACAACAAUCGCAACGCCUGUGAUAAUUGCAGAACAUGUUAAUAAGGAAAAACCUCCACAGAAAAAACGUAAGAAGCCUACACGUAAGCCCAGCUCUCCUGAUUCGGAAAUUGAAGUUUCAACGGAAAAACACUUUAGCAACUUCCACAGACGAAAGCAUUCCACAGCACGCCCGUAUAUCCAUGACAACAACAAUAACCAACAACACACAACUCACGAUAAGGUUCCUACAUCAACUCAAAUUCCAACAGUUAUAACCUCAACUGAACUUCCAACUACUUCAACAACUCCUGUUCCUAGUACCAGUACAACAACAACCACAACAACAACAACUACAACUCCUAUUCCAACUACAACAUCAACCACAACCCCUACACCAGAAACAUCAACAACUUCAAAACCUAUUCAUCAUCAUCCUCAUACCAGUAAGAAACCAUCUGCAACAACAAUUGUUUCUACUACUUCAAUCUCACAUGAGACACCUUCAUCAACUCAUCAAACCUUUGAAACAUAUCAGCCUAAACCUCCAACAACAACUACCGAAGCCCUUCCAACCUAUAUUCCUCCUACAACUUCAACGAGUUCAUACCAUCAAACAACUCCAACUUCGAAAAAACCUUACAAUUCUCCUCCCAACUUCAUCGAACAGGAACAUGUCGAUGAUUUUGACAUAGCGUCUGAUACCUUUGCUCCAUCUUUGAAGAAACAAAACAUACCUUUGCCAGGUCUGCUAAGCGAAAAAGAAGAAGAUCACAACACAAAAAUCUCAUUCGAUCAAAUCCUCCAGAGUCUCAAAGAGGAAACUUCUACAGACGAUAUGAUGGAAGCUAGUGAAUCCGAGGAAGUACAGAUGCCAGCCAGACUUCCUCCAAACAAUGAAGACAUCUCUGAAACUGAAACUCCCGUUACAAUGACUUCCAUGAAUUUGGAGUCUUUUAAAAAGGAAGAAGAAUUCGAUAUAUCCGAUUCUGUGGCAAUAACGGACUUGAUUGAAAAUAAGCAUGAAGAAGGUCCAGUAGUUGUGAUAACCGGUCGACCCCAGAUUCAUACAUCAAACAAGCCAGUAGUUCCUCUGGUUUACAUCGCAUCCGAUAGCACAACAGCUUUUGAAGAACCACAGGAAACCACACUCAGUCUAGAAGAUCAAACUGAAGCAACAACUGAGGAAGAUAAGGCAACUUUUAAAGAAGAGGGAUCAGCAAAUGUUGUGAAAUUCGAACCUCUCUUUGCUGACGUACAAGACCCUAUUGUAACAACUUUCACAACCACAGAACUCCCUCAAACAACAUCCAUAGAUGAUUUCUCUACAAAUAAUCAAGACGAAUCCGAAUGGACAACACUGCCUCCUCCUCCAAUGGAAAGCAUUAUGCAAAAAAUCGACGAUAUUAUCGCAAUGAGUCUCAAAUCAAAUCAAUCAACCAUUGUCGAAGCAAAUACCAGUCAAAACCAACAGGCCAUACCUCAUAUUAGCGCCCUAACCAUGAAUGACUUCAAAACACAGGCAGCCACAUUGGCAUCAAUUUUGGAGGACCACAAUACAAGUGAGUACAGUGAAGCAACCACCCCAUCAAACUCAAUUGAAACCAAGGACGAAAUUGAAUUUCUUCUGUCCGAUGUAAUCAAUCAAAUGACCCAAAGCCAACCAAAGCCAACAUUACCAGCAGCAGCAACAACAACAAUAUCAACAUCAACCACAACAAUACCUAACAACAUUGUUCGUAAGCAAGACGAAGAAGAAGAUGAAGAAAAAGGCGAUGGAGAUGAAGAAGCAGAUGAAUCCAAAACCUUAACCAUCAACCAAGAUGAGACCGCACAACGUUUAUCGAAUUUCGCACAAAUCAACCCAGCACUUCAUUUAAGUGUAACUGACAUCAAAGAAUCCUCCCUUCGACAGCCAGCGGUAAACGAGUCAAUUAAAAUGGUUCCUUCCAUUCCAAAGGACACCGACGACGAACCACAUGAUGGCGAAACGACUUUGACUCCUGAUGCUGAACAAGAAUCGAAUUAUGUCCUCAUAUCGCAAGGAAACGAUGAUUAUCCGGCAGGACUAGAGAGCUCAGAUUCAGAUACACUGCCUGAGGAAUCUAAGAAUGAAGCCACAACCCCUCAAGCUGAAGAAGCUAUGGAAUUUGAAAAGGAAGAGCCAUCAAUGGAAGAGAAGUUGGAUCAAGAUGUUAAUACAAUGGUAAAUAAAGCCGAGAGCGAACAAAUAAAUACCUCACCUUCGGUCGAUACAGCAGAGGAAGAAAGGUCUACUGAAAUUCCCGGUGAAACAACAGUAGUUUUCACUGAUUCCGACAUGGAGUCAAGUUUUGAACCUUUAGAGCAUACAACAAUCAUCCCAAGUCCCCAAAUGGAAUCGCAUUUGCUUCACGGUGAAGAUCCGUACAUUAAAUUAGGGGAAAUCGGGGCAAAGCCAACUGUUCAGAGCCUGGCUCAGCUGAUUUUCCGAGGAGAUUCGGAGAAAACUCAAGCACCCAUGGUGUCUGAGAAGAUGGAAGAAAACCCAGUGAAAAUGAUCAACCAGUAUCCCUUGGACGAAACUGUUUCAAAGAGUGACGAAGAUACCCUCAGAAUCUCUGAAGAGAAAGUAGAGACCUCUACUGAGGAAAGAAAUGAGGAGUUAAAGAUUUUUGAAACCAAGGAGCCACUUCCUACAAUCCAAUCAAUCAUUGAGGACGCUACGAACACCGAACCAGAGCUUCCACAGCUUCUUACAGCAUCAGUUAGUGAUGAAGCACCGGUUGUGGUUGCUGAAGAGCCCACUUCAACCCUAGUUCCACUGACAACGGCUUCAACAAAAAAACCUGUAAACACGCUCAAGCCAGUUUCGUACUUCAACAAGCAACCAGCACUCAUGAUGAACGAUCAGAAGUUCAAUGCCUUUCAGGCGGCACAACAACGUCCACUUGUACGACCAGCGUCGCUGAGUAACCUUAAGAUGCCUCAAUCAGGAGCAACAAGGCCCCCAGUGAAACUCGAACCAACCCCAGCUGAUUCAAAAGGUCUCGAAGCCAGUACACUCAGCUUGGACGAAGACCUGCGACAAUUUUCGCAGCUCUGUAAUGAGCUUGCUUUCACCUAUUGGAGGUCAAUCACAUCGGAGAAAAUUAGCUCAGCCCGGAGUUUGGUGAUUUCUCCAUUUGCCUUGACUUCAAUGCUAUCUAUGGUAUUUUUGGGAGCUCGAGGAAGUACCUCUGGCGAGAUGAAUGAAGUUCUUAAGCUCGAUGAUAUGGUAACAUUUAAUCCUCAUUUGGUUUUCAAAAAUGUCACAGAGUCCGUGGAGAGAGCUACUGACAGUGAUAUCUCAUCGAGUGCUUUUGUGAGAGAAGCUUUUAGUGAUCGGGCUAAUGGUAAGAUCUUGCAGUUCUUCAAAGAAAAGACACAACAAUUCUACUCGGGACAUGUGGAGGAAGUGAAUUUCCACGUUGUUAACGAUGUCAUCCGACGAAGAACCAAUUUGCUAGUGAAGAGACACACCAUGGGCAAGGUCAUGGAGUACCUUCGAACCAACAGUGUCUGGGUGAAUGGUCCACUGGCAACCAUUUCGGCAAACUUGUUCCAAACUGAUUGUAGCCGAGCAUCGUUCGCCGAUCGAGAUGGUGAGAUGUUCUUCCAGGUCCAUCCAUCGAUCAGACAACGAAGACUUGUACCAAUUCCAGCUGUUCUCUUCCGAACCGGCUUCACCGCAGGCUAUGAACCCAAUCUUGAUGCCACAGUUGUGGCCUUUGGAAGGUAUUUUGAAACAGUCAGUACGAUCUACGUGAUGCCAGGACAGCAUGGAACACUUGCACCAGCUGACAGUCUUGAUCACCUUGAAAGUAAUCUCAUGGAGAACGCCCUUACAAAGAAUGCUUGGAGAAGUCUUCUCACUUCGCUUAUGGAAAGACCUGGCCUAGAGGUACAAUUGCCACGAUUUUCACACAGAUCAUUUGUGAAUGCUUCCAUGGGUCUUCAGAAGAUGGGUUUAAAGGGUCUAUUUAAUUCCGAGCUUGCCGAUCUUCGUGGUUUAACUGGUCUCGCUGCUAAGGACAUAUACCUUUCGGACAUGAUUCAGAUCAACACAUUCAGCACAUGUGCCGAAGAUAAAAUCGGCGAGCAUCACCACGUGGAGAUGUAUCCCGCUCCACCGAUCCGCAAACGCAACAAGGACGUUCGAGAAAAUGAAGAUGCCGAAAAUGAUUCCUCCGAGGCUGCAAUCGACUUCGGUUCAAUCGUACAAGACACCGGCAUGGCAAGAGCAUUCUACGAUGAUUUGCUUGAUCCUAAAUUCCUGGAAUUACCAUUGCCACUUCGUCCAAGACAGGCAAGAAUUCCAGACGCACCAAGACUCCGCUUCGAUAGACCAUUCUUGUACUUUGUUCGACACAAUCCGACCGGAAUGAUUCUAUUUAUGGGCCGUUUCAAUCCCAGGCUACUACCUUAGAUACCCCAAAAAGGAGUUCUAAAAACAAUUGAAGGUCUUCCUUUCCAAGAUUUAGAUUUUAAGUGAUUUUUAUUUUUAAAUAAUUUUAAGCCAAAUUUUCUUGUAUUUCUAUUUAUUUUUGGGCGUAUCCAACUUUUUUCUUAUAGAAUAAUUUUUUAAACAAAUUUUAGCUGACUUAUAAAUAUUUUGAGUGCUUGUGCAAACCCUUAAUCUAGGAUCAGUAGUAGUGGGAAAAAUCAUAUUUAAAAUAAAUAAUUAUUUUUUUAUUCAUACUCGUACAUAGUUUGAUCCUGGAUUGACGAUUGGCGCCCUUAAGUUUCUUGUUCUUCUGAAUUUUAAAUAAGCAAUAUAUUAAAAUAAAUAAGAAAAUUUAAAUAUUAUAUAAUAUAUUAUACGUAACAUUACAGAUUGUAUUUUAUAUCAUUAAAUUUUUACAAGAAUUUAUGUAUUUAUCAAUAAAAGAAUUUUUUUUAUGAUUCGAAUUAAGUGAAUAAUUAUUUUUAUAUUAAUAAAGAAACA